AUGAAUUAAUUAAUCUAAAAUAUUUUUCUCUCCCUCCAAUCUGAACCCCCAUUUCUCUUUCCCCUUUCGUUUCUCAAAAGCCUUUAUCUCUCUUUGUCACCUUCGCCUCAGCCAUCUCUCUCUCUCUCUCUUCCCUUUCUCUCUCUAAAUUUCUCUGUCUUUCCUAUUAUUUCCUUUGUUCCGCUAUUUCGAGGAAGGAACAAAUAGCUGGAAUGGCAAAGGAGGAAGAGUCAGGUAGUCCUAGUUGGGGUGCUUCAUUUUUUAUGCAGACAACAGAGGAUGUGGCCAGAGCUGUCACUGCUGCCAUGAAUUCUCCGAGGCCAUCUGUGAUAUAUUCAUCAAAAGAUGAUCAUGUUGGUAGUCAACUUCAAAGGCUGCAGCUUCAAGUUACAAAAAUGAUAAAAGGCUUUUCUCGCCCUCCUGAUGUUAAGUAUGCAAAUUACAAUCCAGAAAUCCUGACAAGUCAGAAGCGUCAAUGGGCUGCAAACUUUCAGUUGCAGUACAUGGACCAUAGGUCUUGGAAGGAGCCAACAAGGCUGUUUGAAAGCAUGGUGGUUGUUGGACUUCAUCCUAAUUGUGACAUUCAGGCUCUGCAAAGGCAACAUCUUGAUAUGAAGUCUGAAGGCCCCAGUAAAUUGAGAAGUGCACUUGGUUAUCAGAACCAAUCCAAUGUAGAACUCAAUAUUGAACCUCAGGUCUUAUUUGUUUACCCUCCAGAAAAACAGCUGCCUCUUAAAGACAAGGAUCUUGUUUCUUUCUGCUUCCCCGGAGGCCUGGAGGUUCAUGCUGUUGAGAAAACUCCUUCCAUGAGUGAGUUGAAUGAAAUUCAUUUUGGGCAGGAACACCUUAAACAAAGGGAUCUGUCUUUUGUAUUCAGGUUACAGGGUGCUGAUAAUUCAACACUUUAUGGGUGCUGUGUCUUAGUUGAUGAAUUAGUGCAAAAGCCCUCUGGAUUCCUCUCCCUGAUUUCGGAUAAGCAGUCGUCUUACUCUUCUUUGAGACGCCAUAUACUAACCACACGGAGAUGUUACUGCAUUCUCUCAAGGCUCCCAUUUUUUGAACUGCACUUUGGUGUAUUGAAUAGCAUCUUCAUGCAAGAAAGGCUAGAGCGGUUGACAAAAGGUGUUGGAGAUUUGAAUUUAGAAUUUGUUGAAGGUAGUUAUGGGGAAGAAAAUUCAGGGGGAAUUUCAGAGUGUGUGUUGGUGAAUGAUACACUACUAGAAGACAGACUUGAUGAAAAUCCUAGAAUUUCUCAAUCAUGCUUAGGAAAUUCCUCACCUGAAAACAUUGAGGGUGAUAAUAAUCGUCCAGAGAAACAAAUGAUUAAUGGGGAGUUGCAUACAUUUAAGGAGGGAAUCAAUGAUGACAAUGUUGUGGCAAUUGAUCCUGAAAUUGAUAGAAAAACGGCCAAAGAGGAAUCUGGCCCUACAAAUUCUGAAGAUAAUGAUCUGUAUGGAGAUGCUUUUGUAACAAACAAGCCGUCAGAAGAUAGGCGUUUGCCAAAUGCUAUUCUGCCACUCCUGCGCCAUUGCCAGUAUGAAAGCUCUGAAUCUUCCUGCAGUUUUCAUGGUUCACCUUGUGAAGACAGAAAUUUUAGGAGUGAUGCUGAUGAUACGGAGACAGAAGAUGCUUCAUUCUCUGGCCAAGAGGAUUUAAGUGACCUACAUGAUAUCCUUGAAUGGGCUAAGGCAAAUAAUUGUGGGUCACUACAGAUUAUAAGUGAGUAUUACCACUUAAGUUGCCCUGCAAGGGGCUCAGCACUUAGGUUUCGUCCUUUGGAGCACCUGCAUCCCUUGGAAUAUCACAGACCAGAUGAGACAGUUCUACAUCUUGCUGGUUCAACUUUUGAUUUAAAAUCUUGCAGUACAGGUUUGAAAUUGGCUGAGGCACAUAACUCUCUUAUGGCUGAGGAGGAGGCAACUGCCUUAUCUAUAUGGGCUGUGGCAUGUGUGUGUGGUACCUUGAGACUUGAAAAUGUGUUAACAUUCUUUGCAGGAGCUCUCCUGGAGAAGCAGAUAGUUGUCGUCUGUUCUAAUUUGGGAAUCCUUUCUGCUUCAGUUCUAUCAGUUAUUCCGCUAAUUCGGCCCUACCAAUGGCAAAGCCUGCUAAUGCCGGUUUUACCAAAUGACAUGCUUGAGUUUCUGGAUGCACCUGUCCCUUACAUAGUUGGUAUCAGGAACAAGACCAACGAAGUUCAGUCAAAGUUAACGAAUGUUAUUCUGGUUGAUGUCAACAGAAACCAGGUGAAGUCACCAACAAUACCUCAAUUACCACGACAGAAAGAGUUAAUGUCUUCUUUACGUCCUUAUCAUGCAACUCUUGUGGGUGAAAGUUACUUGGGUAGGAGAAGGCCAGUGUAUGAAUGCACGGAAGUGCAGAUGGAAGCUGCCAAGGGGUUCUUAUCGGUGUUAAGGUCUUACUUGGAUUCCCUUUGCAAUAACAUCCGUUCUCAUACAAUAACCAAUGUACAAUCUAAUGACGAUAAGGUAUCCUUGCUUUUGAAGGAGAGUUUCAUUGACUCAUUCCCUUACCGUGAUCGGCCUUUCAUGAAGCUUUUCGUGGAUACACAGCUCUUCUCUGUGCAUACAGAUCUUGUUCUCUCUUUCUUCCAAAAUGAAUAGGCCUGAAAUGAAACACAUUUUGGGGAUAUUACUGCAUUGCACAGCUCGAACGCAAGUUCAGUGUUGUAUAAUUUAGCUACAUUAUGUAUGAGCUAAAAUUUUCUCCCCUUAUAUGUAACCCAAAAUUCCACCCUCUUUUCUCCUUUAGGCUUUCUGCAGAACCUGUACAUAAUUAGUUAAAUGAUAUAUUCGAUCUUAUUAAGUGUUACAAGGUUUCAUUCUAUGUAAAUGACAUUUUUUCAUACACAAAAAGUAAAAGAUUUGCUUUGAC